AUGAGGGCUAGCGCAGUAGAGUUUGGGCGCGAGAUCUCUAUCAUCAUACUUCAGGUCAUCACAGGAGCUCAGUUCUUGAGGCGGAGGUUGUAUGCCUCUAAGUCUUACAGCCAAGACUCGGUCAUCACCCCAGAUGCUGCUAGGGAGAUAGCUGAGCUUUGUAUACAUAUCGGUGACGCUGAGACUCUUGAGGAGCUCAUCGGGAUCGCCCCUGACAUGUUCGAGUAUUAG